AUGCGCCUUUCCAUCCUCUUUUCUUCCAUCUUCUUCCUCCCCACACUGGCUAUCGAGGUCACAUCCGGCUCAAUAUGCAGCUCAGCAUGCGGCAAGGGCAAGACAUAUGGAUGGGACAUCGACUGCUGGGACGACCAGUUCAACACCUCCAAGCCGAAUCCCAACAUGGCCAAUUGCCUGCUCUGCGAGAGUACCAGUCCGGCCUAUAACACAUCGACCGACAAUGAUCUCUACUGGUUUACCUUCAAUAUGAAAUGGACCCUCCAAUAUUGCCUCAUCCAACACCCCACCAACAGCACCAACGCCAACUGCAACGACUACUGCACUCCUCUCUCCGCCGUCCUCAACCGUGCCUGGUUCCUCGAUGAUGGCAAAAUGGUCAAGCAAUACGCCUACUGCGACUGGGGCGAGCAUCUCUUCCAGAAAUACGCCCCUGACUGUGCUUCAUGUCUGGCCAAAUCCGAGGGUUCGGUCGUGCUGGCCAACUUCUUCAACAACCUCGUCACAGCCUGCGAAACCAAACCCAACGCCACUGCCGGCCGUCCCAUCAACAUGACCGAACCUCUCUUCAGCACAAAAUGGGCCACGACAUCCUCCACUCCCUCCGCCAAUCCCUCCCCGCAAUCAUCUUCCCUAUCCACCGGCGCAAAAGCAGGCAUCGGCGUCGGCGUCGCAGCAGCGGGUAUCGCCCUCAUCGCAGCACUCGGCUUUGUCUGUCUCCAGAAACGAAAGAAUAGAUCGCGUCAGCAAUUACGAGACUCGUCGUCCACGAUGCAGCCUAUCAACCAACCACAACCGCCGAUUCAACCGCCCCGGGAGAUGGAUGCGGGCAAUGUCAAACCCGUGCCGGAGUUGCAGAGUUGGCAGCCGGACAUGAAGCAUCAGCAUCAUGAUACGGCGCCGCCGCCGGUGGAAUUGGGGAGACAUUCUGAGGAGAGGAUAAUUGCGCCGACUGAGUUGCCGGGCUAG